AUGUCUCGAGGAGUUUCGAUUGUUCCCUUGAAAUUCCCCCCUUACCUCCAUUCUCGAGUGUUUCUCCCCACCUUCGGCCACGUCGUCCACAUAACCUUCCCCGCUGACACCCCCACUACCCUCCCCCUCCACCCCGCCCCUGUCACCUCCCCUCCCUCUCCCCAUGCCAGUGUUUGUCUCAUCAUCAGUCUUCCGAUUCUCUUUCCAUUUACCAUUCUCAAGAAAUUGGUUGUCUUCACCACCACCAUCCGCACUACCACUAUGGCUUCCCUUCUCGCCACGCCUGUGCGCGGCCUUGCCGCUGGAUUUGCUUCAAAUGCGGAGUCUUCGGACGCGUCGACGUACGCGGUGCGAUCCUCAUCGUCGUCAUCCGCGCGCCUCGCCUCUUUCCGCGGUACAGGAUUCGAUCCCCUCCGCCACGUCCGCGCGUCGACAUAUCGCCGCCGUGCAUCCGCCGCGAUUCGGCAGGUCUCGGCAUCUGCCGACAAAUCUGCAUCAGAAGCAUCGUCAGCGACUGAAGAAAAGUCUUCCGUUACUAGCCCUUUCGCGGGAAAGAAGAUUUCGACCCUGCUAGCAGCCCGCGCCGCAGCCGCUUCUAAGGCGGCAACUAGCAGCUCAUCGGGAUCUCCCUCCACUGCCGAAGCACCAGUAUCGCCACCCGCAGCCGCCGAAAGCGCAUUUCCCGCUCCCCCCACACCGGCUUUCCCCUCGUCGUUCGCCAAAAGCCUCCCCGCUUCUACCCCUACCUCCCCGUUCGCAUCCCCCGCUGCAUCCGCUUCCCCUUCACCUCCCCGCGCCAGCCCGGCCCCCACUCCCGCACCCGCGGAUCGCUCGUCCGUGAAUGCCGUUGUUGGAGGUACAAUCACGCCGAAAGUUUCCUUCCGCGGAAAGGCGAUCGUUGAUGCUUUCAAGCAAGGCAGCGGCGGCAGCGCGAAAGGCGGCGCCAGCAAAGGCGUGGCCGGCGUGACCGCGUCGUCAUCAGCUUCAGAUCCCGCGGACGGCAGAGUGCGCAUGGGGUCCCCGCGCGCGCCGGCGAACAUUUUUAACGAGGUGGCGCGGACGCCGGAGGAGAUCGAGGCGGAGAAAUGGCGGUUUCAGGUGGUGGGGAGGGGGGAGAAGUGGCUGGGGAAGGGGGGAAGGUGUGUGAGGGAUGCGUGUUCAGCCUAG